AUGUUUAAAACUAAAUUAAAUAAUCUAUCUAAAUUAUUAGUAUAUAACAAUAGAUAUUUAUCAUGUAGAGUUACACAUUUAUCUUUUUGUAGUGUAUCAACUACAAAUACAAUAGUAGAUUCGAUAUCAUCAUUAUCAAAGAGUAAUAAUAGCAACAAUGAUAUUACUAGUAUUAACGAUAGUAAUCAUAAAAAUAUAAAUAAAGAUCAAAUAUUGACAUUUAAAAGAAAAAAGAAAAAGCAAUUCAAAGUAGAUGUAAAUACCAAUUUGAAUUAUAUUAGAGAGGCAGAGCAAUUGUCAUUGCAAAACGAGAAACAAGAUACCAUCUCAUUUGACCCGAUAGGCUAUGCAGAGUCUACCUUUCCAAACAAGAAUGGUGCACCACGUCAAGGAAGAUUAGCACCCACCAGCACUGCUAAAAUCAAAAUUCUCUCGAGACAUGCUGACUCUCUGCUAAAAGGUCUAUCGGAUUUCAGUCACGUAUGGAUAUUAUUUUGGUUUCACAACAAUUAUAAAAGAAUAGAACAACGACAAUCUCAACAACAACAACCACAAGAUGAACAACAACAACAACUACUACAACAACAACAACAACAAUCACAAUCAACAAAUUCAACAUUAUCAUCGAAAUCAAAAUAUUAUAAUAAGAAAGAUUAUGUUUAUUUAAAAGAGAAUAGAUAUCCACCUUCACAAGUAAUGGUUAGUCCACCGAUGUUGAAUGGUCGAAGAGUUGGUGUUCUAGCUAGUCGUACGCCUCAUAGAUUGGUUCCUAUUGGUAUGACGAUGUGCAAGUUGGAUAGAGUUGACUACGAUACUAUCUAUCUGAGUGGAAUCGACAUGAUCGAUGGAACACCUAUCGUCGAUAUCAAACCAUACAUACCGAAGUUCGAUAGUGAACCAAAUGCAACCAUACCAGAAUGGGUCAACUCCAAGAGCGAUAUCAAAGAGAUUGUAUUCUCCGAUAAAGCAAUCAAUGGUAUAAUCAAAACAUUAUCAACUGUUGGUUUGAAAUCAUUAGGUAUAGAACAAAGUAAAAUAGCCAAUAAUAAUAGUAUAGAUGAACAAUUAAACAAAGUAAAAGAUCUAAUUAUAGAGAUUCUACUUAAUGAACCAAGAUCGAUUUAUAGAAAGAAAAAGUUAACAUAUGAAAGUUGGGGAUUCUUUGUUGAUACACUAAAUGUAGAGUGUCGUGUCGAUGAGAAUGGAGUGGCCACUGUAUUCGAUGUUGAAGAUGCAGAUACAUUCAAACUUAAAAAGAAUAGAUCAUUACAAGAUGAAGAAGAAGAAGAAGAGGAGGAAGAUUAA